CGUCUGGUCGCAGUGACGCGUCCGUUCGCCCGAGUCCUCGAGUCCAGACUUCAUCAAACUUCCUCCGUCAACUGUCCUCCACCCGCAGGUCCCAGUCUCGUCCCACGAUGCCUAAGUUCACAGAGUCCAAACUUCUCUCUCAGCUGGAGUUGAACGACAGCGACAACUCCGCGCAGACGACGGACUUCUAUGACAACUGGGCCGAGACCUAUGAGCAGGACACCGUCAACAAGCUCCACUACUCCUCACCGCACAAGCUAGUGGAAUAUCUGGCGGAGAACUUUGUUGGGGAUCGAGAGAAGGCUCUGGUUCUGGAUGUGGCCUGUGGCACGGGUCUGGUGGCCAAACUGAUGGAGAAGCAGGGCUUCAGGAACUUUGUUGGCGUCGACAGCAGCAUAGGUAUGCUGAAGCUGGCAGAACAAACUGAACUAUACCAGGCCCUUCACCAGAAGCUGCUGGGAACUGAGGCGCUCUCCACUGAGCCAGACACCUAUGACGUCGUGGCGCUGUCAGGGGCUCUGGAUGUUGGCUUCGUUCCAAUCAGUGUGGUCAGAGAGAUGUGCAGCACUGCCAAGUCAGGUGGCUACAUCUGCAUCUCCAGGGGCCACCACAAGGGGGAGCAACACGAUCGCUUCAGGCAGGAACUGGAGGCUGAGCUGUUGCUGAUGGAGCAGCAGGGACACUGGAGUCACAUUGGGACCAAACACAACCAACAUUACAUGGAGAAGAAGAAGGUGGACUCCAAUGUGAAGGAGUAUAUCGACGGGCUGGUGUAUCUGUACAGGAAAAACUGAGCUUCCCGUGACAGAACUUUUUCCCCAGCAGUGGAACAUUUACCAGAGUUUUGUGAAAUGCAACCGCACCCUGCUGAGACAGAAUAUAGACUGAAUAUAAAUAUAUAGACUGAAUAUAAAAAAUAAGAUCCAGAUGGCGUUUAUGGCGAUAUAUAGUACAUAUUGCAUGCAAAGCUAGUUUAGGGAGUGAGUCGGGAGUGUAGAAAACCAAAACAAGCUUUUGGAGGACGUUUA